AUGGAUUGCUUAAGCCACUUCUUUAACUGGGAUCCACCUAUCCAGCUCCAGGAUUGCUUCAUUCCCGAUAUGGAUACGAUUCUCCCUGAGACCGACAGUUUCUUCUUCCAAUCUCAACCGCAACUGCAAUUUCACCAGCCACUGUUUCAAGAAGAAGCUCCUUCACAAACCCGUUUAGAGCUCAAUCACUUCGACGCUUUCUGCGACCAAUUUCUUCCUCCACAAGAAACCUCUCUCCCUUACCCCAAAGCUGAAAUCUUCGAUGAAAUUCACAACCUGGAUUCCUUUCUCCCCACGCCAAAACGCCAGAAACUCAUUAACUCGAGCUACCAUUGUAACACUAACAACCAUUGCCCGAGCCCUAAUCCGAAUUUCUUCAACCCUUACGACGACCUUGAUUUCGUUCCUGAAGCUUCUAUCUUUCCAGAGUUUCUAGUCCCGGAUUACUCCUUAACGUUCAAGGUAGGCCGAGGAGAUCAAGGUGACAACAAGAAACCGACGCUUUCAUCUCAGAGCAUGGCGGCUCGAGAGAGGAGAAGACGAAUUGCGGAGAAGACUCACGAGCUCGCAAAACUCAUCCCUGGUGGCCAGAAACUUAACACUGCUGAGAUGUUCCAAGCUGCCGCUAAGUAUGUCAAGUUCUUGCAGAGUCAAGUUGGGAUUCUCCAAAUGAUGCAGGCCACAAAGAAGACGCAUAGCACUAAUGUGGAAAUCGAAACUCGGGUUUUGCUUGAUUCGCAAGCAAUCCAGGAGAAGCUAUCAAUGGAGGAAGUAUGUUUGGUUCCGUGUGAAAUGGUUCGAGAUUUAACUACUGAAGAAUCUGUUUGGAGAAACCCUAAGAUUUCUCGACAGAUCAACAAAUUACUGUCUACAGAUCUGGCUAGCUAG